AUGUCCACUGAAUUGACCGUUCAAUCUGAAAGAGCUUUCCAAAAGCAACCUCACAUCUUUAACAACCCAAAGUUAAAGACCAACAAGAGAGCUAAGAGAUGGUAUAAGAACGCUGGUUUGGGUUUCAAGACCCCAAAGACCGCUAUUGAAGGUUCUUACAUUGACAAGAAGUGUCCUUUCACCGGUUUGGUUUCCAUCCGUGGUAAGAUCUUGACUGGUGUCGUUGUCUCCACCAAGAUGCACCGUACCAUUGUCAUCAGAAGAGACUACUUGCACUACGUUCCAAAGUACAACAGAUACGAAAAGAGACACAAGAACGUUCCAGUUCACGUUUCCCCAGCUUUCCGUGUUGAAGUCGGUGACAUUGUUACCGUUGGUCAAUGUAGACCUAUCUCCAAGACUGUUAGAUUCAACGUCUUGAAGGUUGCUUCCAACUCCAAGUCCAAGAAGCAAUUCACUAAAUUCUAA